AGGCUAGGUAAGGCGCUGUAGUUUCAUGCGCCAUAUAAGUGCAAGCAACUCGUUCUCACGAGGUGCACAUCUAGUCUACUCGCGAAUGCGUACGCAUCGAUGCUUCCGUGAUUUUCUUGUCGUUACUGACAAAAACGUUCGCUCGAGUCGUCGGUGUGUCCAGGAGACGGUUCGUCCCUUCCUGACAGCUGCUCGCAAUAUUCAAGGAUGCGGCCCGUUGUGCUGCUGUUCGUGGCUGUGUCUCUGUGCUGGUCAUCCAGCCACGGUCUGCACAUCGACAAAUCAACGGGCGCCUACGAGGACAUCGUAGUCGCCAUCCACCCGUCCGUGGAACCCGAUGAGCGAAUAAUCGACAACAUCAAGGCCCUGUUCCGCUCUGCCUCGACGUUCCUCCACCGGGCCACCCGCGGUCUGGUGCACUUCGGCAGCGUGACCAUCGCCGUUCCGGACACGUGGCCCGCUAGGCCGCAAGCCAAGAGCACCACGGCCAGCCUGUUUUCGGUGGCCGACGUGAGGGUUGCAGCGCGGAACCCGCAGUACGGCGACACUCCGUACACGCUGCAGCCCCGGGGAUGCGGUGAGCGCGGAGAGUACGUCCACCUGACGCCGCGCUUCCUGGGAGAGUUGAACGAUUCCAUCGCCGAGGUUUACGGCAGUCCAGCCUACUUGCUGGUGCACGAGUGGGCUCACUUCCGGUACGGCGUGUUCGACGAGUACGGCGACCCCGAGAGCUUCCGGUACCCGAGCCUCUACUGCGAGUUCGGCAUGGUUCGUGCCAGCGCAUGCUCAUCCCGGAUCAAGUUCACGGCGUCUACAGAGACGGGUGAACCUUGCCGCAUCUACAAGGGAUGCCGCGUCUCCACCAAGUGCAAGGCGCACUUCGAGCAGAGCAGAGAGAACCCCGUGACGUCAUCCAUCAUGUUCAUGCCGUACCUCAAGGGCGUGACGGACUUCUGCGAGAGCGCCAACAAGACUCACAACAUCUUUGCGCCCAACAAGCACAACCACCUUUGCGAACGCAAGUCCACGUGGGAAGUUAUCAGCGCCAACGAGGAUUUCAAACAGUUGGCCCCGACGACCCCCGACAGGACCUUCGAGGUGAAGUUCACGGAGGUGCAGAAGCGGGAACGCGCACUGGGCAGAGUGAUUUUCGCGCUGGACGUCUCGGGCAGCAUGAAGACCAGCGACCGGAUCGGGUACCUGAAGGCAGCGGCGAGCCAGUUCAUCCAGGCGCUCAUACCGGACGGGAUGGAAGUGGGAAUCGUUCGAGUUCAACGAGAUCGCCUCGGUGACGUCUCCGCUGACCUCCUGUGGCAGAGUCUUCGCGAGAGGAGCUCGUCGAGAAAACAAGAGUACUGCUUCGGACUAGUUGAUGGAAAUUCGACAUAUCGAACAAACAGGGCCGACAAACAGGACUUGCGGAAGGCGCCAACACGGAUGCCGAGUGUUGUCGUCUGUGUUGUUGUCUUCCACAACUCCUCUCUGUCUGCGCCGUUUGUUCAAUGUGUCGAAGCGUUUGAACGCUUGCCUGCACCCUUUCAGAUGUUCGAGGAAAACGACCAGUCUGCGGCUGGCUCCGUCAUCAUUCUCAUGACCGACGGGGCGGAGAACCGGGAUCCGAAGAUAUCGGACGUCGUCGGCAAGCUGGUCGCCGCUCAGGUGGUGGUCAACACGAUCGCCUUCGGCACGGAGGCCGAGCGGAAGCUCGAGGAUCUGGCCCUGCGAACGGGAGGCAAGCCGUUCGCCGUUCGCGACGGCCAGACCAACCUGGCCAUCGCCCUGGAGUCGGCUUUCCUGGACUCGGCCUUCACCCUGCUGGACGACACCAAGAGGCCGGUCGUGAUUUUCGAGCAAGCGGCUACAGUUGUGGACAAGCGGCAGUUCUCGAUCCUCGUCGACGCGGACCUAGGAAACGAGACCACGAUCACCGUGCAUUGCAAAGGCGCGGCCACCACGUUCACGGCCGAGCUACACUAUCCUGGCGGCAAGACGUGCGACGAUUGCCAGAGCACCGUGCCUGCAGGGACGGACUACAAGACGUUCAAGAUACCAGGCGUGGCCACGCCGGGCGCCUGGACACUGGUGGUGUCCUGCAACCUGGGUGCGUGCGACGUCCACGUCAGAGCCACGUCGCUGGCCCGAGAUCCGGACCAGGAGCCCGUGCUGGCGCGCGCAUUCCUCAAGCGCACCGAAGUGACCAGCGCGGCAGAGGCCGCCAUCUACGCCGAGGUCACCAAGGGCGUGCACGUUGUAUUGUACGCCAAGGUCACGGCUACCGUUGUCCAACCGCGGGGACAGAUCGAAAUGGAGCUCUUCGACAACGGUCUCGGCGCCGAUGUGACGGCCAACGACGGUAUCUACAGCGCGUACUUCACACAGUUCGAAGGCACCGGUCGAUACUCCGUGUCGGCUCGCGUCAUUGGUGGCAAUGACUCCGUCAUCGUCAAGGGGCGCCAGGCCUCGGGAGCACUGCCCGCGUCACAGCCGUCAGCGCCGCCUACUGGCGGAGCGCCGCAGCCGGCUGACGCCGAUGUCAGUGGAAUUCCUCUCGGCGAUUUCGUGUUCGUGGACGAGGACAUCGAGCAGGCCGAACCUCGUGUCCUGCUCAGCGAGAAGGCGCCCGAGUUCGUUCGCUACGCCGAAGGAGGCUCGUUCCGGCUCGCCAACGAGAUUGAUCAGGCUAGUCUACCGCCUGGUUCCAUUCAAGAUCUGAAGGUUGAAGACACCUUCGUGGAUGACAACGGUACGCACGUGGUCGUCUUGUCCUGGACCUGUCCCGGAGGCCACAUGGAUUCCGGGAACGCCUCGAGAGUCGAGCUUAAGGGAAGCACAUCCCUGACCGAGCUCGUCAGGGACUUCGACUCGGCGCUGGAGGUCCGGGACGAGAUGGCGGGGGGCGGGAACGUAACGUCGGGAGCCGUCGGCUCCAGGCAGCGACUGCGGUUCUUUGUCCCCAACGAGCUGCUGUCAGUCGCGCGGAACCAGUCACUCCGGGAUUUCUACUUCGCGGCGAAGGUGUGGAACGAUAAGGGUCUCCACUCGUCGCUGUCGAACGUCGCAGCGGUGACGUUCGAGCGACCCCCGCCGUUGGAGGCAACGUCCGCGAAAGGAACGCCCUGGUGGAUCAUCGUCGUGAGCGUCCUGGCCACGGUGCUCGUCGUCGGCAUGGUGGCAGCGGUGGCGGUCAAGAUCGUCGAUCGGCGAAACAAGAUCAGAGGCAUCACUUUCGUUGUGACGUAGCGUGAUCGCCGGGCAUAUCGCGUUUAUUUAUUGAUUUAAGAAGUGCCCUAUAUAAAUGUCCUGCGUGCAACGUUAACUGAACAAGAGCUGAGGCAUCGCUUUUGUUGUGACGUCGCGUGGUCGCCGGGCUUAUUGCGUUUAUUUAUUUGAUUCAAAGUGUCCUAUAAAUGUCCUGCGUGGAACAUUGGCUGCAGGGACUCCGGAACGUUUUUCGGAGUGGGGGGAGGAGGGGGGGGGGGGGGCAAGUACUGUCAUCUUUGUAUGUUGUGUUCAUUAUUUAUGUUUUUUAUCAAUAUUUGUCAACUCUUCUUUACUUAAAUUGCAUUUUAUUGUUUUAAAAUUGGUGUGGUUUAGCUUUGGUUAACCCUGGUGGAUAGCGAAAGCUUCACUGCCCUGGCUAGGCCCAUUGUCGAGCUGUGGCCAGGGUGUGGUUUUGCAAUGAUAUACACACAUGUUUGCAAUGAA